GCGUGUCACCAUAUUAUUUAUUUAUAGCGAUACCCUUUCUUGUUUCCACCGUAACAAAAUUCUCAAACAUAAAAAUAAAAACUCCAAUUUCAUUUCUAAUUUUAUUUAAUUUUAUUUUUUCUUCUCAAAACCCAGGUAUCAUCAAAACAUGUUAGAGCAGUUACUGAUUUUCACGCGAGGAGGAUUAAUCCUAUGGUCAUGCAAAGAAUUGAGUAAUGCUUUGAAAGGUUCACCGAUCGAUACAUUGAUUCGAUCUUGUCUUCUUGAGGAGCGAUCCGGUGCUGCUUCUUACAACUACGAUGCACCUGGAGCUGCAUAUUCUCUCAAAUGGACGUUCCACAAUGAUCUAGGUCUUGUUUUCGUUGCAGUUUAUCAACGGAUUCUUCAUCUGUUAUAUGUUGAUGAUUUGCUUGCUGCUGUUAAGCGUGAAUUCUCGCAGGUUUAUGAUCCUACGAGAACCGUGUAUCGCGAUUUUGAUGAGAUUUUUAAGCAGUUGAAGAUUGAAGCCGAGGCUCGUGCUGAGGAUUUGAAGAAAUCGAAUCCGGUUGUUGUGAAUGGACAAAGGAAACAAAUUGGUUCCAAGGGAGAUGGAUCUGAAGGGAAGAAGGGAGGAGCUGGAGGGGGCGGUGGCGCCGGUUUGAAGAAUGAUGGUGAUGGGAAAAAACGGGAUAAUAAAUCUGAGAAUAACCGUUUUGUUGCGAAUAAUAAUAAUGGUUCUAACUUGAAGAGUAACGGUGGUAAUAAUGUUAGUGUAAAUGGUAAAGAGAAUGAUAGUGUAAACAAUGGAGCUUUUGAUGUAAAUAGGCUCCAGAAAAAGGUUAGGAACAAAGGUGGGAAUGGAAAGAAAACAGACAAUGUUGUAUCCAAGGCGGAGCCGAAGAAGGUGAUUAAGAAAAAUAGGGUUUGGGAUGAGAAACCCCCUGAAACUAAAUUGGAUUUUACUGAUCAUGUUGAUGUUGAUGGGGAUGCGGAUAAGGAUAGGAAAGUUGAUUUUUUUGCUAAGGAACAAGGGGAGAGUAUGAUGGAUAAAGAUGAGAUUCUUAGUAGUGACAGUGAGGAUGAAGAGGAGGAUGAUGAUGACGAUGAUUCUGGGAAGAAUAGCAAGCCUGAUGCCAAAAAGAAGGGUUGGUUUUCAUCUAUGUUUCAGAGUAUUGCUGGGAAGGCCAAUUUGGAGAAGUCUGACUUGGAACCAGCUCUGAAAGCUCUGAAGGAUAGACUCAUGACCAAGAAUGUGGCUGAGGAAAUAGCUGAGAAGCUAUGUGAAUCAGUGGCAGCAAGUCUUGAAGGCAAAAAGCUGGCUUCAUUUACAAGGAUAUCUUCCACAGUGCAGACGGCAAUGGAAGAAGCACUUGUUCGUAUUUUAACUCCUAGGCGUUCUAUUGACAUAUUGAGGGAUGUUCAUGCUGCUAAAGAGCAAAGGAAACCAUAUGUUGUUGUAUUUGUUGGAGUUAAUGGAGUUGGAAAAUCUACUAAUCUUGCUAAGGUUGCUUACUGGCUUCUGGAACACGAUGUUAAAGUCAUGAUGGCUGCUUGUGAUACAUUUCGAUCAGGAGCUGUUGAGCAGUUGCGGACACAUGCACGUAGACUUGAGAUCCCUAUAUUUGAGAAGGGUUAUGAAAAAGAUCCUGCUGUUGUGGCAAAAGAAGCAAUUCAGGAAGCUUCACGGAAUGGUUCAGAUGUGGUUUUAGUUGAUACAGCUGGUCGUAUGCAGGAUAAUGAACCAUUGAUGAGGGCACUGUCAAAGCUGAUCUACCUUAACAACCCCGACCUGGUCUUAUUUGUUGGAGAAGCACUGGUUGGCAAUGAUGCAGUUGAUCAACUCUCAAAGUUCAAUCAGAAACUGGCCGACCUCUCCACAUCUCCUACACCAAGAUUGAUAGAUGGGAUCUUGCUCACAAAGUUUGACACUAUUGAUGAUAAGGUGGGAGCUGCACUUUCAAUGGUUUACAUAUCUGGAGCUCCAGUCAUGUUUGUGGGAUGCGGACAGUCUUAUACCGACCUCAAGAAACUCAACGUCAAGUCCAUCGUGAAGACACUCCUUAAAUGAGUGAACAAACUAUUCUAAUUUUGGUUGUGAGGCUCUUCUCUUAUCCUAUGACCUGUCACAAAUGUUUUCAGUUUGACGAUUACUUCGAUGAUCCUUGUUAAUCCCAAUACUCUGUAUGCCAAACUAUAUGGCUGUGACUUUGGAUGCAGUUUGGUUUGUUUAUUUUGGAAAGUUUUCUGCCCCCCUUUAUCUGUUUUUGAAAACUUAAUCUAUAAACAUCGUUGUUUUGUUUGUUUAA